AUGGACUCAGAAGAAAGGCCACGCAAUUUAUCGCAGUACAAGCGAUUUCAAAUCAACGACGAGAAUCGGAAAACUUUCUCGUCAAUAGAUCAGGCAAAAACCGAGGCAUCCGUCGAACGCAUUUUCGACCGAUACGAACAGUUAUCAGCGCUAGAUUCUACUUUACCAAAGCUGCUCCGUGCGGACCAUGCGCGUUACCUUCAACGGUCACUUGAGAAUUUGUCUAGCUCUUACGAAUGUCUCGAUAGCAGCCGCCCGUGGAUGGUGUACUGGAUUUUGAACGCCGCCAGUGUAUUAAAUCUUCGUUUCCCGGAUGACCUGUUAGAUCGUGUGGUAGACUUUCUAGUUAAAUGUCGCAACAAAGACGGUGGCUUUGGAGGAGGACCCGGUCAAGAUGCACACCUGGCAACUACGUAUGCAGGCGUCAAUGCUCUUUGCAUUAUUGGUACAGAGAAAGCACUAACCGCAAUUGAUCGACAAUCUUUGAAAAAGUUUUUGUGGGCGGUACGCGAAGAGAACGGAGCCUUUAGGAUGCAUAUUGGCGGUGAACUCGACGUCCGUGGUGCGUAUUGUGCAAUUUCUUCAGCAAAACUUUCCUGCUUUGCUCCCGAGGACGAGAUGAAGUUGUUCGAAGGAACAUCGAACUGGAUAGCGGAAUGCCAAACGUACGAAGGUGGAUUCGGAGGAGCUCCGGAUCUGGAGGCGCACGGUGGAUAUUCGUUUUGUGCCGCUGCGGCACUUAUGCUGCUAGGUGGGGAAAACAAAUGUGACCUGAAUGCAUUACUGCGGUGGACUGUAAAUCGUCAAAUGGCCUAUGAAGGAGGUUUUCAAGGGCGUACCAAUAAGCUAGUCGAUGGCUGCUAUUCCUUCUGGCAAGGAGCUUUAGUGCCGAUCGUGCAAGGUCUCAUCGCUAGAGAUGAGAAGAAUCAAAACAUUAUGAACGUGAGCCUGUUCAACCGAUAUGCGCUACAGGAGUAUGUGCUUAUCUGUUGCCAAAAGCCUAGUGGAGGUCUUAUCGAUAAACCGGGAAAGCCUGCAGAUUUAUACCACACCUGUUACACGCUUAGCGGUCUAGCCGUGGCACAGCACUGUGAAACCCACAGUUUACCGUUGGUACUAGGAGACGAGCGAAACGAGGUUCUACCGACCCAUCCAGUGCACAAUAUUCCGCCCAAAGCCGCGCUGGAUACUUAUCGGUACUUUACCGAGUUAGAUCAGCCAGAUUCGGCGGCCGACCAAUGUAAUGGAAAAACUGACGACACACCAAUGGAGGGCUGUUCGGAAAAUGGUUCAGAGCGUGAAUCAUCGUCGCAAAUGUCGGAGGACGGUAGCAGUAACUACACCAGUAGCAGAACCUCAGAAUACUGAACGGAGACGAUACGCUUGGUCGUUGCUCUU